UUGAACUCACUGCCCCCUCCACUUCUGUGGCUCAAGGGAUGGAUUUAAGAAGGGUGACGUUACUCACAUCUUCCAAUACCAGCUGUAGAUAGUGAAGCGGCUGAGUAAACAACCACCACACCAUCCUGCUGAACGGUGAGAUCAAAAGCCUUAUUUCGUUAUAUGAGGAGCUUCUGAUGGGGGACAUUUCAUAUUCACUCAGUUUUCGAGCGCGAAAUGUCACGUGCUGGGUGGUUGUUUUGCUCUCGCUCGAUCACCAGCGUAAGCGAGGCUCCCUCCCUUCAUAUAAAUUCCUUACUCUUAACCCUUCCUUCAACACUUUCAGCACAACAACUCCAGGCCAUCAACAACACGCUACUACGACAAUUCACUUUACCUUGCCUUUUGCUUUUGCUUUUGCUUUUGCUUGGGGGCUUUGGGGAUCUUCGACACUACAACCACAUACUACAUAUUGCUCUUGCUUUGCUCUUGCUUUGCUCUUCUUGCUCUUCUUGCUUUUGCUUGGAGGGUUUUGGGGAUCUUCGACACUACACCACACACUACAUAUUGCUCUUGCUUUGCUCUUUGCUCUUGCUUUGCUCUUCUUGCUUGGGGACGGGAGGAUCGGUCUACGACACUACGCCAUACAUUACUUUGACAAUUGCUCUUGCUUUGCUCUUCUUGCUUUUUGUUUUCUUUUUGCGUUUUUCGACUUGGGCCCAACUACGCGAACAUAUUUCUACCUCUCCAGCUCCUUUCAAUGGCUGGCAGAUCAGAUAUCAUGUCUCCCAGAUUGAAUCCUUCACCAGAGCAGAGUACCAGGUCUCAGCCCUUACAUGGCUAUGGCUUGCAGAUCAUAAAUCCUGUCUCAUACAUUCAAUACGCGCUGCGGACAGAUUACCACGUCUCCAGCCCCCUUUAUUGGCUGGUAGAUCACAAGUUAUGCCUUCGGGCCAGCGCGACAUCAAGACAAGCGCGUCGAGAAACCCGCCGCGAGGCUGUGGGGUCCGACGCCUGAUCUCCGUCUUAUUUCAGACCUGUCAUCCUUGAGCUGUGGGAUGGCAGACUAAAGACGCGAGGACAUUCUCAAUUAUAUAGAAGAAGCAAUGUUAUUAGUGUUAAAUAGAAGUUCACAAAUGCAUUAUAGUCAUGGAAUCUUCUUGAGUCUCCGAAUUU